AUGGUGUCAUUUCUGCACUUGCUUCUAGCUCUUCCUCUGUUGGUAUGGGUCCUUUUGCAGUUAUAUAAAACCAUUAAGAACCCAUCAACCCGUCCACCAGGUCCAAAAGGCCUUCCCAUCAUUGGCAAUCUUCAUCAACUUGAUAGUUCAAAUCUCCAUUUUCAACUAUGGAAGCUCUCAAAGAUCUAUGGAUCCCUUUUUUCCUUGCAAAUUGGCUUUAAGCAAGCCAUUGUUAUUUCCACACCUAAACUAGCAAAAGAGGUCCUCAAAGACCAUGAUCAUGAUGUAUGUAGUAGACCUCCCUCCACUGGCCAACAAAAAUUGUCUUACAAUGGUUUAGAGAUGAUAUUUUCCCCUUAUAAUGAAUACUGGAGAGAAAUCAGAAAAAUUUGUGUAGUCCAUUUCUUCAGCUCCAAACGGAUCUCUAGCUUUUCCCAUGUAAGAAAAUUUGAGGUCAAGCAAAUGAUUAAAAAGAUAUCUGGACAUGCUAAUUCUUCCAAAGUUACCAACUUGAGUGAGAUCAUAAUGUCUGUCUCAAGUGCCACAAUCUGUAGGAUGGCUUUUGGGAGAAAAUAUGAAGAGGAAGGAGCAGAAAGAAGCAAGUUCCAUGGGCUGCUUAAUGAGUCACAGGCCAUGUUCCUUUCCUUCUUUGUUUCAGAUUAUAUUCCUUUCAUGGGGUGGAUUGAUAAACUCACUGGGUUAUUUUCUCGUCUUGAAAACACUCACAAGGCAUUGGAUGUGUUUUUCCAACAAGUCAUUGAAGAGCACCUUAAUCCUAAUAGGCAGAAAGAAACCGAAGACGAGGAUAUAGUUGAUGUCUUACUUCAGCUGAAGAAGCAGGGUCGCUUGUCUAUUGACCUCACCAAUGAUCACAUCAAAGCUGUCAUCAUG